AUGCCAAAGGCGAAACAACGGUCACAACCACAAGGCACGGGUUCUCAGAUAACAAGUGGGAGUAAAUCCAAGCAGGACAAAAAUCCCAGCACCAAUGCAAACGCAGAAAUCGACAAAAUCAGGAAAAGCGAAUACAAGGCCUACGCGACUCGCGCGACUUUGCAGCUCUCGGUUCUAGGCUUUUCUGCUGUGUUUCUGCCUACUUCGGCUGUUCUGCAAGAAUGGAUUCAAUAUCUGGAGGGAAAGUCUGAGCCCGUUCUACACGAACCGCUUGAAGCUUUGGCUGCACGGCCGGUCUGGACUAUGGCCACCCUUGGGUUUGCAACUUGCCUGAUCCAAUCCUGGUGGUCGAAAGCCCUGAAAGCAGGGUGGUUGAAGGGACAAGAAGAUGGAAGCAGUGGUUCCAAGGAUAAUGGAUCGCUACCGCGAGUCUAUGGAUCCUUGAUCGUCGCGUCACUCGGGAUCCACGGUCUUUUGGUACUGUUUGGCGCGCCUUUAUUCAGUCACGUUCUAGAGACCUACCUUCUUGCCUUCUUAAUUGCCAACUUGGCCGUUCUACCACCAGUGACAGUCUUUGGACCUCCUGCACUGGGGAACGACGGCCACUCGCAAUACCAGCGUCAUAUAUGGCGUCGCCUGUACGCUGGGCUAUCGUGGAAAAACCCUAUUGAGCGGGCUAUCCUGUACCCGACGAUUGGCACUCUGAUUGGCAGCUGGCUCGGGGUUAUUCCACUUGCCCUCGACUGGGAACGACCGUGGCAGGCCUGGCCAUUGACACCGGCGUACGGUGCAAUUAUUGGUUACAUUCUCGCUUCUAUCGUCGCUGCGACGGCGACCGGUAUCGACCUCACGGUACCCUCCGAUUAG